GUUAUGCCCACUAUGAUUCAUUUGCGCCCAUUGGAAACGCCAGGCGCAGGUCUAUCUUGGGUUAGCUAGUAAUACAAAUCUUUGACAGGGACGUCCCAAUGAUCACGGAUAGCAUGGACCAUAAUGAUACAGUGGUGCACAGCUGAGAGAUGUUAGCCAACCAGCCAGGCAGUGUAAUAAUGUUAACAAGCUAGCUGUCACAAAUCCGUGCAAGAUACACAAUUUCUGCGAGAAGACUGGGAGACUGUUACAAACAAGUAAAUGAUCUGGCCAACAAUGGAGCAGAUACACGGCUUUCCAUCAUCUAUUGUAUUCUUUCCGAACCAUCGUUUUGGCUAAAUAUCAAUGUCAUCUCAUACAGCUAGCUAGCUAAAUAGCUAACGUUAGCUAGCUAAACUAAGGCCAGGGAGAGCUUGCUGGUGACUACGUCCAAACUGACUCCUUGACUGCUGGCUCCUCUGGCGUUUCACCACCACCAACAGAGCCAUGACUACAUCAGGCUGCUGCCACCUGCCUGGCUCCCUGUGUGACUACUCGGGCAGUGCCAACUUGCCCAAGGAGGUAGAGGAGCCAGAAGCUGGCAAGGCCCAGUACGUCGCCAAGGUUACGGCCAAAGAUGGUCGCCCACUCUCCACUGUUCUCAAAGCUGUGGGCUCACAGAGUAAUGAAGGCAUGUGUCGGAUCUGCCACGAGGGGGCCGGUGGUGAGACGCUGCUCUCCCCUUGCGACUGCACAGGGACCCUGGGUAAGGUGCACAAGAGCUGCCUGGAGAAGUGGCUGUCCUCCUCCAACACCAGUUACUGUGAGCUCUGCCACACAGAGUUCACUGUCGAACGGCGACCCCAGCCCCUCACACAGUGGUUGCGGGACCCGGGGCCUCGCAGUGAGAAGCGCACGCUGCUGUGCGACAUGGCCUGCUUCCUGCUCAUCACGCCACUGGCGGCCAUCUCAGGCUGGCUGUGUCUGAGGGGAGCACAGGACCACCUGACCCUCAACAGCCGGCUGGAGGCUGUGGGACUCAUUGCCCUUACCAUCGCCCUCUUCACGAUCUACAUCCUCUGGACACUGGUAUCGUUCCGCUAUCACUGUCAGUUAUACUCUGAGUGGAGGAGGACCAAUCAGAAAGUGCGCCUGCUAAUGCCCGACAUAAAAGGAGCGCACUCCACCCAACAUUCUGUGCCAACAAAGUCAACCAAAAAAAUGGCUGACGAGACCAUCAUAUGAGCACUGAGCGACGUGGUCUCGCAAAUAAAGUGUAAUAUAACUUGAACUUCUGGACCAUUCUGGGGAUUAUUUUUCAAUAUUCACUUUUGAAGCACUUGAGCCCAGAUAUGAACUAUAUAUAACCAUUGAUUUUGGGACAUUUUGAACUCGUAGAAGGACGUGUCACUGAAGUCAUCGCCGGAUUAUGAACACUGGACUGGAACAUAAGGUCACAAACAGAAGGACACGGCUCAUAGCGGGAUACAACUGAUGCAGCAUGUUAAUACAGUAUAUCUGAAACAUACUACCCUCCUCUCCUUCACAAUGUAUUUAGCUUUUUUUGGGACAGCUGGCAUCCAAUAGACUCGUGAAUUUACUCACUUAGAGCAACGACCAUGUGAACGACAAAGUCUAAAUAUGGUGAUGUUCUCUGUUUUUUAAAUCUUUGCCCUUUUGGAGAGGGAGAGAGUAGGCUUUGGAGUGUCAGUCAGUGUAUGCAGGGUAUGCAAAAGUAUUUGAUGUAAUUUUAGUCUUCCUUUUGCACUCCCUUGAGUAAGCUGUGUCGUUGUGAAAUAAAAUAUAAGGGACUCUU